AUUUCCACUUCUCCCUCUCUCUUUCUUUCUCUUUCUCUUAUACACACACACACACACAAAUUUCUCUCCCUCUAUCUCACACAAACGAAUUCUCUCUCAUACACACAUAGAUCACUGGCAGAGAACAAAGAUUAGAGAGAGUUGGCCUUUUAAAUUCGUGUUCAUGCACGCCGUUUGGUUCACUCCAUCACCGCUCGUCCUCCUCCCCACUUCUAAGAACAUGCAGCUUAGUCACCAUAUUGCUAGGUUAGUUAAAGACCCAAGAACCCAAAGGCCCAAAGGUUUUGGCUUUGUCACAUACGAAUCAGAGGUAGAGGCUCAGAAGGCUUUGAAGGCCAUGAAUGGCAGGAUAGUUGAUGGAAGACUGAUAUUUGUGGAAGUUGCAAAGACUGAAAAACCUGGAGAGGAUGCUAGCUCACAAUAAUAAGGCUCUUUUUUUUUUUUGGCUCCAUGCGGAGAUCUGUGUGACAAAUGCCGUUGAGAUUUAGUGUCAAAUGACUAAUAGAUAGUGUAAAACAAAGUAGCCCCCCAAUUUUUUUCAAUUCUUCUCUUCUUGCUACCAAAAGAAAGAAAUAAUAUGCAUAUUUCUUUGGAAAUUAGAAUGCAU